GAGAGAGAGAGGGAAAGGAGGAGGAGAGCAUUGAGGAAGAAAGGCAGGAGAGUAUCAAUGACAUCAACCAGCACAAUCUGAGGCCGUCCGACCGACCGGCGAUGCUCUCCAGAUAGAAGGGCUGAGGAAGCAGCCGUGACCCGCCGCCGCGCUGCGCUCCCCCCGGGGCGAAGAGGUUCGGUCCGCUCGGCCAGAGAGCAUCCAGGACUGUGCGUGCGGGGCAACGCCGGGCGAUGUGUGCACGCGUCCCGCACAAAGACAGACCUUUCUCCGAGUGGAGCUCCUCCGCUGCCGCUGCCACUGGAUUACAUGUAUCCGAGGAAGCCUCCAGCUGCAAACCCACCCACAUGAAUCUAGCAGACAGAGAGGAAGACGGAGAGCUUCCCAUUAAGAGUGCCUAUCCCUGUUGAGUGGAGCCCUACCUGAGUGUCCGUCAUCUCCGACCCGCCCACAGCGGUGCCUGCCAUGCCUCUGCCCAGGACAGGUGGCGCUCUGGCCCAGUCCAGGAGGCCUACCCUGGGGCUCAGCCUUAGCCCCUCUCCCCUGUGUAUGCUGCUGCUGUCGAUGAUCCUGAUAACCAGCCCCCUGAGCAGCGUCUGUGGACCAUUGGCUCCCCCAAAGUUCACCAAGAUUCCCACCGACCAGAUCGGAGUGUCAGGGGGUGUGGCAUCAUUUGUGUGCCAGGCUUCCGGCAAUCCCAAGCCUGCCGUCUACUGGAACAAGAAGGGCAAGAAGGUCAACUCUCAGCGUAUCGAGACCGUAGAGUUUGACGAGGGUGCGGGCGCCGUGCUGAGGAUCCAACCGCUUAGAGCUCCCCGGGAUGAGAACAUCUACGAGUGCGUGGCACGCAACACUGAAGGAGAGGUGUCCGUCACUGCAAAGCUGGCCAUUAUUAGAGAGGACCUGCUGCCCUUCGGCUUCCCCAGUAUAGACAUGGGUCCCCAGCUGAAGGUGGUGGAGCGGACGAGGACGGCCACCAUGCUGUGCGCUGCCAGCGGCAUCCCCGACCCCGAGAUCUCCUGGUUCAAAGACUUCCUGCCCGUCGACCACAGCACCAGCCGGGGUCGCAUCAAACAGCUUCGAUCAGGAGCUUUGCAGAUCGAGAACAGCGAGGAAACCGACCAAGGGAAGUACGAGUGCGUGGCCACCAACUCUCAAGGUGUCCGCUACUCCUCCCCCGCAAACCUAUACGUGCGAGGAGCAACAGACACAUUGCGCCGUGUGCCCCCUCGCUUCUCAAUCUUCCCCUCCAACCACGAGAUCAUGCCGGGCGGGAGCGUCAACAUCACCUGCGUGGCCGUGGGCUCGCCCAUGCCCUACGUCAAGUGGAUGCUGGGAACUGAAGACCUGACCCCCGAGGAUGAGAUGCCAAUUGGCCGGAACGUGCUAGAGCUUAACAGCGUGCGGGAGUCUGCAAACUAUACCUGUGUGGCCAUGAGUAGUCUGGGCACCAUCGAGUCCAUCGCUCAGGUCCUCGUCAAGACUUUGCCGAAGCCUCCCGGCACACCCAUUGUCACGGAAACCACCGCCACCAGUGUGACCAUCACCUGGGACUCCGGCAACCCAGACCCAGUCUCCUACUACAUCAUCCAGUACAGAGCCAAAGGGCCGGACAGCAAGUACGAGACUGUGGACAGCAUCACCACCACCCGCUACAGCAUCGGGGGGCUGUAUCCCAACACCGAGUAUGAGAUCAGAGUGUCAGCCUUCAACAGCAUCGGCCAGGGCCCCCCCUCUACGCGCGUGGAGGCUCGGACAGGAGAGCAGGCCCCGGCCAGCCCUCCCCGAAACGUCCAGGCUCACAUUAUCUCGCAGGACACGGUGAUGGUCCGCUGGGAGGAGCCGGAGGAGCCCAAUGGACAGGUGAAGGGCUACCGUGUGUACUACACCAUGGACCCGUCCCGGCCCAUGAAUGAGUGGCAGAUUCAUAACGUCCAGGACAGCGUGAUCACCACCAUUCAGAGCCUCAUCACCUCAGAGACGUACACCAUCCAAGUCCUGGCCUUCACCUCUGUUGGGGACGGACCCUUCUCGGACCCUGUCCAUGUCAAAGUCAUGCCCGGAGUCCCCGGUCAGCCAGGGAAGUUUAGAGUGGGCAAGGUGACGGACACCAGCAUAGAGGUGACGUGGGAGCCUGCCUACACCAAGGAGGGAAUCGUCAACUAUGAGCUGCUCUACAAACCAGUCAAGUUUGGCAGUUUGGAGAAGCUGACCUUUGGGCCGAGGAACUCUUACACAGUGGAGGGUCUAAAAGCGAACACCGAGUACUCCUUCUCCCUGGCCGCCAUCUCCAGCAAAGGCAUCGGCGCGUUCACUAACGAGCUGGUGCAGAGGACGUCCCAAGCCAAUGUCCCAAGGAAUUUUUCAGUCAAUCUGGCCACUAAGACCAGUGUUCUUCUGACCUGGGAGUUUCCAGAGAGCAGCAAUCCCUAUCGCUUCAGUGUGGAGUAUAACCGGCAAAAGGUGGAGGUGGACGCCAGGCUGAGAAAGGCAGUCAUCCCAAACCUUCAGCCUGACACCAGCUACGACUUCAAGAUCACCGCUCCCGAAGGCAACAUGGGAGGCCUUCGCCACCGCAUCACCGCCAAGACCUCUCCGCCAAUCACCAUCCGCCGCCCUGAAAUCGAUCACACCCGCGACACUGAGACCACGGUCACGAUAAUCCUGCCGUCGCUGGAAAAUCGCACUCCUGUCAAGAAUGUUUAUGUUGUUGUGGUUCCGCUGAGGAGAGCCCGCGGGGUCAUCAAACACCUCAAGAGUCCUGAUGAAAUGGACCUAGAAGAGCUGUUGAAAGACAUCAGUCAGAGGCAGAGGGAUUCUCGGCAGCAGAAGCAGGUGGACCUGCGUCGGGCUUACAUCACAGCCCGUUUCACACCUGCCACGCUGCCGGCCUUCUUCACCCUGGGAGACCAGCUGGACUACGGGGGCUUUGAAAACCGAGCGCUCGAGCCGGGGCAGGAGUACGUCUUCUUCAUCCUGGCUGAGCUCAACUCCACCACCGGGAAAAUGUACGUGGCCAGCCUUUACACAGAUCCAGUAAUCGCCCCUGAUUCAGACCCUCAGCCCCUCGACGCAGGUGACGGUCUGAUCUGGGUGGUGGGACCGGUCCUGGCUGUGGUCUUCAUCAUCUGCAUCGUCAUCGCCAUCCUCCUUUACAAAAACAAACCCGACAGCAAGCGCAAGGACUCGGAGCCCGGAACCAAGAGCCUUUUGGGUAAUGCAGAGAUGAUGGCCCAUCAUCCAACGGACCCCGUGGAGAUGAGACGCAUCAACUUCCAGACUCCCGGAAUGAUGAGCCAUCCCCAAGUCCCCAUCAGCGAGCUGGCGGAGCACAUCGAGCUCCUGAAAGCCAACGACAACCUGAGACUCUCGCAGGAGUACGAGUCCAUCGACCCGAGUCAGCAGUUCACCUGGGAACAUUCCAACCUGGAGGUCAACAAGCCCAAAAACCGCUACGCUAAUGUGAUCGCGUACGACCACACCAGAGUCGUCCUGGCUCCCAUCGAUGGUAUCCUGGGGAGCGACUACAUCAACGCCAACUACGUUGACGGCUACAGGAAGCAGAACGCCUACAUCGCUACCCAGGGGCCACUGGGGGAGACGUUUGGGGACUUCUGGAGGAUGGUGUGGGAGCAGCGGGCCGCCUCUGUUGUCAUGAUGACGCGCCUGGAGGAGAAGUCACGGAUAAAGUGUGAUCAGUACUGGCCCAGCCGCGGCACGGACACGCACGGGAUGAUCCAGGUCACCCUGCUGGACACGAUGGAGCUGGCCACUUUCUGCGUCCGCACCCUGUCCCUACAUAAGAGCGGCAGCAGUGAGCGGAGAGAGGUGCGUCAGUUCCAGUUCACAUCCUGGCCAGAUCACGGUGUGCCAGAGUAUCCCACCCCUUUCCUCAACUUCCUCCGCAGGGUCAAAGCCUGCAACCCACCCGACGCCGGACCCAUCAUCGCUCACUGCAGUGCUGGGGUCGGUCGCACCGGUUGCUUCAUCGUCAUCGACGCCAUGCUCGAACGCAUCCGACACGAACGCACCGUGGACAUUUACGGCCACGUGACCCUGAUGCGCUCGCAGAGGAACUACAUGGUGCAGACGGAGGACCAGUACAGCUUCAUCCACGAGGCCUUGCUGGAGGCCGUGGCCUGCGGCAACACGGAGGUGGCCGCCAGGAGUCUGUACUCCUACAUGCAGAAGCUGUCCAAGGUGGAGACCGGAGAGCACGUCACCGGCAUGGAGCUGGAGUUUAAGCGACUGGCCAACACCAAAGCCCACACGUCCCGCUUUGUCACAGCCAACCUGCCUUGCAACAAAUUCAAGAACCGCCUGGUCAACAUCAUGCCCUAUGAAACCACCCGUGUCUGCCUGCAGCCAAUCAGAGGCCUGGAGGGCUCCGACUACAUCAAUUCCAGCUACAUAGACGGAUACAGGCAGCAGAGAGGCUACAUUGCCACCCAGGGUCCGCUUGCUGAGACUACAGAGGACUUCUGGAGGAUGCUGUGGGAGCACAACUCCACUAUAGUGGUCAUGCUCACUAAACUGAGAGAAAUGGGCCGGGAGAAGUGUCACCAGUACUGGCCUGCCGAGCGCUCAGCCAGGUACCAGUACUUCGUGGUGGAUCCCAUGGCGGAGUACAACAUGCCUCAGUACAUCCUGCGGGAGUUCAAAGUCACGGACGCCAGGGACGGCCAAUCACGGACAGUGCGUCAGUUCCAAUUCACUGAUUGGCCAGAGCAAGGUGUGCCCAAAUCUGGGGAGGGCUUCAUUGACUUCAUUGGCCAAGUGCACAAAACCAAGGAGCAGUUUGGUCAGGAUGGACCAAUCAGUGUUCACUGCAGUGCUGGUGUGGGGCGGACUGGUGUGUUCAUCACUCUGAGUAUCGUCCUGGAGAGGAUGCGUUACGAAGGAGCGGUGGACAUCUUCCAGACCGUCAAGAUGCUGCGGACACAGAGACCAGCCAUGGUGCAGACUGAGGACGAGUACCAGUUCUGCUAUCAGGCUGCUCUGGAGUACCUGGGAAGCUUUGACCACUAUGCAACGUAAGUGAAGAGACAACCACGCGUCCAUCUUUCUGCUUCCGGGUCCACAAACAAACCGAGGAGAAAGACAGCAGUGGAACUUUUAUGGGAGAACGAUUCGAAGAUGAAUCUUGCACCAACAAGGACAAAAAGCAACAACAAAAACAGCAACAAGAAAUCUGUGUCUAUCAGCACCCACACUCAUCAGGGCCUCCCCCCGACCCGAGGAACUGGUGUGUGUGUGGAGACUGUCCAUGUGUAAUCCAUAUACUUACCUCAGUGUUCCAGUGUGAAGGACGUAUAAUACAUGUCUGUUGUGGUCAGCUAUCUCCAAUAUGAACCAGUGAAAUACAAACGGCUUCUGAACAGGAAUUAUGAUACUAUAUGUGUAUAAAAUACAAAAAAUAUAUAUAUAAAAAAACUAAAACACAAAGAGCCUGGAUAUUUGCUGCACCCUAAAUGGGCUUUUUAUCCUCAACUUUGUAUCUAUUGGUUUGAUGUACUAAGGGGUUACAAAGUGCAAUGGUAAACAUUUCUGUGUGUCUGUGAGUCGAAGGUGUCCAACCGCUACCGCAGGUCGUUCUGAUACUAGUUUAAAGCGGAUGACCUGUUCACGCCUCAGCAGAAGUCUGCAGCAUGGACUCACCACCCUGAGGACCGCUGGGCGAGGGGAUGCUCAUUCACCCAUCGCACAGUGCCAAGGGGAAACCACGCAGCGUGAACGUGAACCGUGACCUACGAGGAGAGGUGGCUCCGUCCUUCAUCCAGCUCUACCACCAAGUCAGACCAGAGGGACGCUCGCAAAAAAUGCAGGCCAAGGAUCCGUUCACACUCCCCCCCCCCACCCGCUCGCCGUCCUCGCUGCUUAACCACUGGCCUCAGAACAGUGAUUAGAGCCCAUCAUAGCCUCGGCUGGGCGGAGAUCUGUAGUCCGGCGCGCUCCUCACUCGACAAAGCUUGCUUGAUAUUUGCCGUCGUCCUUGUUCAUCCUCCAGCUCAGAUCCUCUUGAUGUCAGUCCCAUUGUGACAGUUCAACAGUGGCUUAGUGAAAGAGAUGCUAAUGAACAAAUUUGAGAUUCAGUCCCUUUCUCUCUCGAACGGAAAACAGUCCUCAGCCCCUUUCUGCAGACUUUUGUGUGUUUUUACUGUUCGUCUUUGCCUUACGCCGACUGAGUUCUUGUGUUUUAACAUGCUGCCUAAUGCUCAUGCGUUGUGUGCUGAACCUUUAUCGUCAUCCAGUAUCUUGAGGAUGAAAGUUGUUCACCCCCGGUCACCUUCCUCCUCUGAAGCUUACCUAACUUCUUGCAUCACUUUACGGUUAAACCCCUACGAUGUUUUUUACUAUUUAAGGCAACAACGGAUGAAAGAUCCCAAAAGAAAACAGAGCAUAAAGCACAGAUGGUGAAUUGCCUGCGUUCAGCCGUCCUCUCCCCGUUCCCACCUCCGCCAUUAAAAAUCCCUCUGUCCCAAAACCUCACUGUACAGAACAUCCCAACGUAACCAAGUGAUGUGUCCCCCUCUGUCCUCUCCGGUACAACCGCACAAGCCCCUUGAUAUGGAUAUGCUAUAUAUCUCUCCUCGAUUUGACAGUUAAUCGGGCCCACGUGAUUGAAGAGCACAGCGAUGUUCCAGUGUGUCAGACCUUUUGGGCAAUUACACAAUUUUGUACAUACAGUCUUACCAUUGGAGUCCUAUACAGUACAAUGACAUACGUCUGAGCACAAGAUAUAACGUGGGAUUGGAUGUGAUGUAGUUCUUAUCGUCGCGAAAAAAGCCUUAUUGUUAUCGUUCACUUUGUCAUAUUUAUCUCAUAUGAUUUUCUAAAAUAUUUAUUAUUCUAUUUUGUUACUUUUUACGUUUGUUUCUAAUUAUUUAUUUGGGAUAUCUAGCAAAUAUAACCAAUAAGCUGUUGUUUACCUGUUUCUUUGGCGAGCCAAUGUAAAAUUAUGAUAUUGUCGCUGUUUGUUUUUUAUUUUGAAUGGUCCGUUCUGGUGCUUUUUUAUUUGCUUUAUUAUGAUGAAGUAUGCCCUCUGUGUAGGGUGCUAUUUGAUACUGAAUACUGAUGUCCGACUAGUUAGCUAGAGAUGUACGUUAGAGGCUCACAUAGUUUAAGUUUCCAGUGAUGCCCUUUUAAAGCCCUCCCCCCACUCCACCUCCGUACAGUAGCAGCCGCAGUGGUGUGACCCACCCCAGCGUGAUAGGUUUAAGGGCAUCAGAGAAAUUAGAUUUAUAGAGCAGACACACUGUUGGUAUAUAGUUUGCCGGUGAGCACAUGGUAGCAAGUGUAUUUUUGACAGAGAUUGGGUUAGAACCCGCCCAGCUACAAGCACCCUCGAAGGUAUCGUUUAAAUCUAAAAAAAAAAAAAUUCUGAUAUGAACUUUAUGUGUGGUCCAGAAGUCUUGACGAUGUGUGACAUAUAUAAAAUAUGUUAUUCUUUCGAUUUCUAAUUAUUGUGUCGAGAGAAAUAUAAAAGGAACACACACAAAACAUAAUAUGAAAUGUGUUGAGGGCCAGCUCUGAUGACGCCACCCCCCUCACUUAUGUACCUGUUCUUUCCUUUCAAACCAUGGAUGUAGAUAUUGUAUCUUGACUUUGUAUUAAAAGCAGGAUGAUUGGAUAUACCGCACAAAGCGCUGCUUGGUUUCUUGUGGUUUGUGUGCGUGUGUUUCUGUGUGUGUGCGCGUGUGCAUGUGUUUGUCAGUGUUAUGCACUCUUUGUCCACCAGAUGGGACCAAAGUAACCCUAAGGUGAAAUGCACUGCA